CUUAUUGAGUGAACAUCGCUAUAGUUUUUCAAUAGUGCCAUUGUUGUGUUGAUUGUUUUUAUAGCAAUAUAAAUUCAUUAAAGUGAAAAAAGCAUAGAAUCAUGGGUGUACCAGCAUUCUUCCGUUGGCUUAGUCGGAAAUAUCCGUCGGUGAUAGUGGAAUGUAUUGAACAAAAGUCGUUCAAUGUUGAUGGAAUGCAAGUUCCAAUUAAUUCGGCCGAGCCAAAUCCUAAUGGAGUCGAGUUUGACAAUUUAUAUUUGGAUAUGAAUGGCAUCAUUCAUCCUUGCACACAUCCAGAAGAUAAACCCGCUCCAAAAAAUGAAGAUGAAAUGAUGGAAGCAAUCUUCGAAUGCAUCGAUAGAUUGUUCUGCAUUGUACGACCCAGGAAGCUGUUGUAUAUGGCGAUUGAUGGAGUAGCACCAAGAGCUAAAAUGAAUCAACAACGAUCUCGUAGAUUCCGAGCAUCCAAGGAAACUACUGAAAAGAUAUCCGAAAUGGAUAGGAUACGAUCAGAAUUAGCAUUAAAAGGUGCAUUUUUGCCUCCACAAAAGCCCAAAGAAGAUCAUUUUGAUAGUAAUUGUAUUACUCCGGGUACUCCAUUUAUGGCCCGCUUAUCGACUUGUUUACAUUAUUAUAUUCAUGAAAGAUUGAAUAAUGAUCCUGGAUGGAAGAAUAUCAAAGUCAUUUUAAGCGAUGCUAAUGUACCAGGAGAAGGUGAACAUAAAAUCAUGGAUUUUAUUCGACGACAAAGAGCUCAACCAGAUCAUGAUCCUAAUACACAACACGUCUUGUGUGGAGCUGAUGCUGAUUUAAUUAUGCUUGGACUUGCUACUCACGAACCAAACUUUACUAUUAUUCGUGAAGAGUUUAAGCCAAAUAAACCGAGACCGUGUGAUAUUUGUGGACAACUAGGACAUGAAAUGAAAGACUGUACUGGAGCUGAGCCUGAUCAAAAGAAAGAAGAACUUGCAUUUGGAUCUGAGUGUCAAUUUAUUUUUGUGCGCCUCAAUGUUCUACGUGAAUAUUUGGAAAGAGAGUUACAAAUGCCCAAUCUACCAUUCCAAUAUGAUUUUGAACGUGCAGUGGACGAUUGGGUAUUCAUGUGUUUCUUUGUGGGUAAUGACUUUUUACCUCAUCUACCAUCGUUGGAAAUCAGAGAAGGAGCAAUUGAUAGACUGGUUACUUUAUAUAAAAAAACCGUCUAUAAGACAGGAGGAUUUUUAACAGAUAGUGGUGAUGUUAACUUGGAUCGAGUGCAACUAAUAUUGUCAGAGUUGGGUGAGAUGGAGGAUGAAAUUUUCAAGAAACGUCAACAAAAUGAAAUCGCUUUCAAACAACGUGAGAAAAACAAGAAAAGAAGAUUGGAAGCAAUCAGCAAUUUCAAACCAAAAUGGAUACCUACUGGACAAUUUGCACCAGUUCCUUUGGGUCAAGAAGUCAAACCAGUUCAAAAUGCACGUUAUGAAGCAUAUCAAAUGCGUAUGAUUGGUCAAAAUUACCAUACAAGUGCUACUGAACGUGCUUUAGAAAAUACUAAUUCUAAAACAGCUUUAGAUAGUAUGUUAGUACCAGAGAAUUCAAACAAUCGUGGUAAAAAAAGGUCACAUGAAGAUAAUACUGACGAAGAAGAAGAUGAUUAUCAAGCUAAUGAUGAAGUUAGACUCUGGGAGGAUGGUUUCAAAGACCGAUACUAUGAAUCAAAAUUUGAUGUCAAGUCAGAUAAUUUUGAAUUCAGAAAUAAUGUUGCUCUUCAGUAUGUUCGUGGAUUGUGCUGGGUUCUGCGGUAUUAUUAUCAAGGCUGUGCUUCUUGGAAAUGGUAUUUUCCUUACCACUAUGCUCCAUUUGCAAGUGACUUCAUCAACAUUGGUGGAUUAUCAACGGAAUUCGAGAAAGGAACUGUACCGUUUCGACCACUUGAACAACUAAUGGGGGUCUUCCCAGCAGCAAGUAGUCGUCAUGUUCCUGAACCAUGGGCAGCCUUGAUGAAAGAUCCGAAAUCUCCAAUCAUUGAUUUUUAUCCGGAAGAUUUCAAAAUCGAUCUCAAUGGAAAGAAAUUUGCUUGGCAAGGAGUUGCUUUAUUGCCAUUUGUGGAUGAAACUCGAUUAUUCAAAGCCCUGGAACCUUACUACGAAUGUUUAACAGAAGCUGAAAAAAAACGUAACGUACGAGGUGAUGAUAGAUUAUACGUUGGUCCAGGAAAUAGUGGAUAUAACUUGAUAAAAGGACUUUAUACCAAUAAAGUAGAUCCAAAUGCAGAGAUUGACAUAUCCAUAGAUGGCAUGCGUGGAACUGUUUUAUUAGCUGAAGAUUGUGUCGGAGAAGGUGCGACGUUACCAUCUCCCAUCAACGGCUUACCCGUUCGCAGCAAUAUGGUCUACUGUGUAAGGUUCCGAGAUCCUAAAUACCAUAGCGAUUUCAUAUUUCCGGCGAGACGAUUAAAAGGCGUCAAGGAGCCACUACGUGUCUUGAAGCCUCAAGACUUUGAACAAAUGAAUAAGGAUCACAACAAUUCAUGGGUACCUAGGAUUGGCUUUGGUCCUCCGAAACAUAAAGCUUCCCUAGGAGAUGCUGGACACCGAAUGUUGGGACAUCAUGUAAGCAGACACCAAGGACAGUAUUCAUCAGUUCCUGCACCAAACAAUUCAUCAUAUCAGCAGUCGUCUUAUGGAUAUUCAAGUGGAUAUCAAACAUAUUCUGGAUACGUAAGUGGAAGCAGGAACAGUGGGAAUUACUCGAAUAAUCGAAAUUAUCAAAGUUAUAACAACAAUAAUAAUAACGACAGUAACAAUAACCACAACUACAACAACAACAAUGGACCUUGGUCGUCUGGAUACGGAUCUCACCCACCUUUCCAGCAUUAUCAAUCAUCAUCUAAUUAUAAUCAACAGUUUCAUAUGGGUUAUCAUUCGCAAUCAUCAAAUAGACCUAAUUGGCAUAAUCGACCACAAAAUUCACAAUCUGGUUAUUAUUCACGUCCAGAUAAAAACAGGCAACUAAAUUAUUAUAGCAGUAAUAGUAAUGGUGGAGGUGAUAAUAGCAACAGGAGAACACGUUGAUUUUUCAAUUCUUAUAGUGCAAUGGAAUUGUAAUUAAUUUGUGAAAAUUGUAUUUAAUUCCUAUCAAAUAAGUUUCAACUAAGCAUACUUUAUAUAUAUAUAUAUAUCUAUAUAUAGAAUUUGAUAAUAUUUUUUCAAAAAAUGAAUUUUGAAUCUUUAGGUUAAUUUUCAUUCUUAAUUCAAUAAAGUUUAGAUAAUAAAUUUAUAUUUUUAAUUUUUUGAUAAAUAUCAAGAGUUUAUUUGCUAGAUAGAAACUAUGAAUCAUGAAAAAUAACAGAAUGUAAAUAUUUUUAUUUAGCAUUUAUUCAUUUGCUACUUAUUAAAUUAAGUAUCUUAGUAAUUUGUGUUAAGUUAUAAUAAUUUAAUAGAUUGUAAUAAAUUGGAAAAUUAUAGAAAAAAAAUGGAAAUAUUUUGAAAGAAAUAGACCAAAUGUUAGGUGGAAAAACUAUACAGAAGGUAUAGCGUCGUCUACAGGGAGUUGGUAUCGCACAUCUGGUAGUAUAUUCUGGUAGAAAAUGUGCAUUGAACCAGCGAGUGCCACUCGAGAAAACAAUAGCGAGCAACGCUCUUGUUCUCUCUUUUCCAUUCUCCUUUCUCUUACGUAUUUCUCUAUCGUUCUUCGGAACUUUGGAUUUUAUUUUUACACAUAUAUCAUCUACAUACCACACAAAUGUAAUGUAUUUAUUUAUAAAUAUCGAUUAGGAAAAAUUGUAAGAGGAUUUAGGAAUGAAAUUGACAAAUUUUUACUAUUAAUAAAUAAUGUUAAUAAUCUAA